AUGAUUAUACAGCUGGACAUAGACUGGGCGGUCGAAAGUCCGGUCAAAUUCUUACGGUCGACGGUCGACGCCCUUCAGAGGCUAAAAAGCCUCACUGCGGAGGCUAGGGAGAGGGCUGAGGGUGUAUUGGCUCCCGCACUUCAACGGGCUAGCGCCACGCCUCCUCAAGGCAGCAAACGCACUGAGUUGGCUCCUCCUGAAUUUGGGAGGGCCACAAACGAGGUGUCGUCGACUUUAUGCCGGCGUUCUGAGGAACAUGGCGCUGUAUGGCGCCCCAGUCUGGGAGAACGCACUCAACAAGAGGGAGAAUGCUGCCCUUCUGCGCAGACCCCAGCGGGCCAUAGCGCAGAGGGUCGCAAGGACCUACCGCACGGUAGGGCACGCUGCGGCGUGCGUCCUCGCUGGUACUCCUCCUUGGAAGCUAGAAGCUGGGGCUUUGUCUGUCAUCUAUCACUGGAUGGCAGACAAGACCAAGGCGCGUGGAAAGCGCCCGGCCCCGGAGCAGUGCGGCGCCGUCACGAAGACAUGACUCGCGCGCAGUUUGACCGCCAUUGGUCCUGUUCUGGACCAAUGGUUGGAACGACCGCACGGGUUCCUCACGUUCCGUCUGGCGCAGGUGCUGACUGGGCAUGGCUGCUUCGGUUCGUACCUGCAAAGAAUCGGGCGAGAGGAAUCCCCGUGUGCCACAAAUGUGGCGCGGCGGAUGACACGGUGCAGCACACCCUCGCGGUCUGCACAGGCUGGGAGGAGCAGCGUCGUGUCCUCACUGCGGUCGUGGGCCGGGAUCUUUCGCUUCCAAGCCUGGUCAUCGCCAUGCUGGGAAGUGAAGGAUGCUGGAAGGUGGUCGCCUCCUUUUGCGAAGAGGUGAUCCUUCAGAAGGAGGCAGCGGAGCGCGAGCGAGAGAACGAUCCUCUCGCCCCAUCGCUCCGCAGGCGGAGAAGGGGCCGGAGAAGGCAGUUGUACGACCGUUCUACUCUGCCCCCAGGUGGCGGCCAGCAGGCCGGGGGUGCGGGGGCACCCUUGUCACCUUCGUCUGACGGGAACGGCUUGGCGUUUCGGGCAUUCCCGUCGGACAAGGGGGGCGUGUAG